CACAAAUAAGUCACAAUAAUUGUUAUAUCCUUAUUAGUUUCAUUUAAUAAUAGUUACGUAGUACCGUAGUACCGAACGGGGCGCAGCGUAGUGUUCCAUCCACAAAAUCACAAGCGACGCAAGCCAGAAAAUCAAAAGAAUAUGUCCAAGAAGUCAACAAACGAAUCAAUCGAAUUAGCCGAACAACAGAAUGAAUUAAUUGAAAAGAAUGAAAAACAAUUCUUGAAUGAUUCCUACGAACAGUUGGAUGAUAUUAAAUGUGGUUUGGGAUGUUUGCAAUAUGAUUGGUUACAACGAUAUGCAAAUAAAAAUGCGUAUGUCUUCGUUUACGGGUUUUUGGGAUGUUUAUUUUCGGCCGCUUAUGCGUAUUUUAAUGGGACGCUGACAAUGAUUGAGAAACGGUUUAAAAUACCAAGUCAAACAACUGGGAUAAUAAGUGUUGGAAAUGAUAUAAGUUCCCUUUUUCUAUCAGCUGUAAUAAGUUACUACGGAGGGUAUGGACAUCGUCCACGAUGGAUUGCAUUUGGUUUAUUUCUAAUCGCAACGUUUUGUCUAAUAUCUGCUUUACCACAAUUUAUUUACGGAAGUGGUGAACUUGCGCUGUUAUUAACACAAGAAUAUGCUUUAGCUGAUAAUUAUACAGCCACUGAUACACUCGGUACAAAUAAUAACAAUCAGAACCAAUUUUUGUGCCAAUUAAAUAGAACUUCGAAUGAAUGUCAAGCAAAUAGUUUGGUACCUUUGGAAAAUAAUUUUGCACCACAAAUAAUAUUAUUUAUCGCACAAUUGAUUUCUGGCGUUGGUGGAUCUUUGUAUCAUACUUUAGGCGUAUCGUACAUGGAUGACAAUAUUAAAAAAUCCAAAACACCUGCGCUAAUUAGUAUCAGUUACUUUAUUCGUCUAUUAGGACCAGCAUUCGGUUAUGCGUUAGCAUCAGCAUGCCUAAAAAUAUACAUUUCUCCAUACUUGACACCAAUUAUAGAUCAAAGAGAUUCCCGAUGGUUAGGCGCAUGGUGGCUGGGAUGGUUAAUCUUGUCAAUUCCAAUCUAUUUGCUAUCUAUCCUAAUGGCAAUGUUCCCGAAGGAAUUACCUGAAUCGUAUAUGAGAAAACAAAAAUUAAAACAACAGCAAAUCGAAAAUAACAACAAACAACAAAUACCAAACGUUGAAAAAAAACCGGAAGUGGUUUCCUUCGGGAACAUGAUGAGAACAUUCAAACGUUUAUUAACAAAUAAAACUUUUAUGUGCAAUAAUAUGGCAUCCGUUUUUUACUGUUUGGGUUUUAUGCCAUAUUGGAUCUUUUUACCCAAAUACAUCGAAACACAAUAUAAGCAAACGGCAUCCGUUUCGAGUUUAACAACGGGAAUGAUUGGUUUGGUUUUCUCAGCAAUUGGUAUACUGAUUUCUGGUAUUGUAAUCAGUAAAUAUAAACCUUCGGCGCGGGCAUUAGCUGUGUGGAAUAUCAUUGUUGGUGCCGUAGAUGUGAUUGGAAUUUGUAUUUAUCCAUUUUUAGGAUGUGACGAAAAUGAUAAUAAUUUGAAAAUGUCUUUCGAAUUAAACAAAACAUGUAAUAUGGAUUGCAACUGUGAUUUUGUAAAAUACUCGCCUGUAUGUUCCUACAACACUCCUGUCUCCGAACAAAACACUUUUAUAUCCGCAUGUCAUGCCGGUUGCACUGGACAAUAUAUUUUAUUUCCAGAAAAUGCUACCAAAAUGUUCACAAAUUGUUCCUGUAUUAGUAGUGGCCUCGCGAUUUCCGGAGCAUGUCCUGUUGAUUGUACGACAAUAUUUUAUAUAUUUUUAUCCGUUGUAUGUUUAAUUAAAUUUACGGGAGCUAGUGGAAGGGCUUCUAAUUUUCUGGUUUCGGUACGAUGUGUUGAUGAAGUGGAUAAACCUUCGGCGAUGGGAUUCGGUAUUAUGAUUUUAAGUUUAUUGGCGUUUAUACCAUCACCGAUUUUAUUCGGUAGUAUAUUAGAUAAAACGUGUUUGGUGUGGGGUAAGACGUGUAGUGGAAGUGGUAAUUGUUGGCUGUACGAUAGUGAACAAUUACGUUAUGUUAUGAAUUUCACAGCUGCUACGUUUAUAAUAAUCGGAGUGUUGUUUGAUUGUGCUGUUUGGUAUUACGUUAAACAUUUAAAGAUAUUCGAUGAUCCUGAAGAGAAACCGACAAAUAUUGAUGACGUUGACAAAUAA